GGGCGGGGCGGCUCCCGGGCUCCCGGCCCGGCCCGCCCUGACUCACCCUCUCCGGCCCGCCCGGGAACUCUGCGGGAGUCCCAGUCGAUCCAUUCCCUGGGAUCUACGAGUUGGGCCCCAGAGUUUCAUCCCUGAGCGGAUGAUCCCAGUGGCGGAGUUCAAGCAGUUCACAGAACAGCAGCCUGCAUUCAAGGUGCUGAAGCCCUGGUGGGAUGUGCUGGCCGAGUACCUUACUGUGGCCAUGCUCAUGAUCGGGGUCUUCGGGUGCACCCUUCAGGUGACACAGGACAAGAUCAUCUGCCUGCCCAGCCAUGAACCCCGAGAGAACUUAUCAGAGGCUCCUUGCCAGCAGCUGUUGCCUCAAGGGGUCUCUGAGCAGAUGGGGGGCCUCCGAGAGCUGAGUGGCCUCAAGAACAACCUAGAUCUCCAGCAGUAUAGCUUUAUUAACCAGCUCUGCUAUGAGACCGCCCUUCACUGGUAUGCCAAGUACUUCCCCUACCUGGUGGUCAUUCAUACGCUCAUCUUCAUGGUCUGUACCAGCUUUUGGUUCAAAUUCCCCGGCACCAGCUCCAAGAUUGAACACUUCAUCUCCAUCCUGGGCAAGUGUUUUGAUUCCCCAUGGACCACUCGGGCCUUGUCUGAGGUAUCUGGAGAGAACCACAAGGGCCCAGCUGCUGGACGGGCCAUGGUGACCACAGUAACCGCAACAGGGGCAGGAUCGGGAAAGGCAGGUGAAGGUGAGAAGGAGAAAGUGCUAGUCGAGCCUGAAAAGGUGGUGACCGAGCCUCCAGUGGUCACCCUGCUGGACAAGAAGGAGGGUGAACAAGCUAAGGCCCUGUUUGAGAAGGUCAAGAAGUUCCGUGUGCAUGUGGAAGAGGGUGACAUCCUCUACUCUAUGUAUAUCCGGCAGACAGUGCUCAAAGUGUGUAAGUUUUUUGCCAUCCUGGUUUACAACCUGGUCUAUGUGGAGAAGAUAAGCUUUCUGGUGGCCUGCAGGGUGGAGACCUCAGAGGUCACAGGGUACGCCAGUUUCUGCUGCAACCACACCAAGGCCCACCUCUUCUCGAAGCUGGCCUUCUGCUACAUCUCCUUUGUGUGUGUGUAUGGCAUCACCUGCCUGUAUACGCUCUACUGGCUCUUCCACAGGCCCCUCAAAGAGUACUCCUUCCGUUCUGUGCGUGAGGAGACAGGCAUGAAUGACAUCCCAGAUGUCAAGAACGACUUUGCCUUCAUGCUCCACCUCAUUGACCAGUAUGACUCCCUCUAUUCUAAACGGUUCGCCGUCUUCCUCUCUGAAGUCAGCGAAAGCCGCCUGAAGCAGCUCAACCUCAACCACGAGUGGACACCUGAGAAGCUGAGGCAGAAGCUGCAGCGCAAUACGCGCGGCCGGCUGGAGCUGGCCCUCUGCAUGCUCCCUGGACUGCCUGACACCGUCUUCGAGCUCAGUGAGCUGGAAGCACUCAGACUUGAAGCCAUCUGUGACAUCUCCUUUCCCCCAGGGCUUUCCCAGCUUGUGAACCUUCAGGAGCUCAGCUUGCUUCACUCGCCGGCCAGGCUGCCCUUCUCUUCACAGAUCUUCCUGCGGGAUCGCCUGAAGGUGAUCUAUGUCAAAUUUGAAGAGCUCCGAGAGGUGCCGCUCUGGGUCUUUGGGCUUCGAGGCUUGGAGGAACUGCACCUGGAAGGACUCUUUCCCCCAGAGAUGGCUCGGGCUGCCACCCUUGAGAGCCUCCGGGAGCUUAAGCAGCUCAAAGUACUGUCUCUGCGUAGCAACGCAGGGAAGGUGCCAGCCAGCGUGACUGACGUGGCUGGACACCUUCAGCGACUCAGCCUGCACAAUGAUGGAGCUCGCUUGCUUGCCCUCAACAGCCUCAAGAAGCUGGCGGUGUUACGGGAGCUGGAGCUGGUGGCCUGUGGGCUGGAACGUAUCCCCCAUGCAAUCUUUAGCCUGGGGGCUCUGCAGGAACUUGACCUCAAGGACAACCACCUUAGGUCCAUUGAGGAAAUCCUCAGCUUCCAGCACUGUCGGAAGCUGGUCACUCUCAGGCUGUGGCACAACCAGAUAGCCUACGUUCCGGAGCACGUGAGGAAGCUCCGUGGCCUGGAGCAGCUCUACCUCAGUCACAACAAGCUCGAGACUCUUCCCCCGCAGCUUGGCCAAUGCUUCGGCCUCCGCCUGCUGGACGUGUCCCACAAUGGGCUUCGUUCCCUGCCGCCUGAGUUGGGCCUCCUCCAGAGCCUCCAGCAUCUAGCUCUCUCCUACAAUGCACUAGAGAGCCUGCCUGAUGAACUGUUCUUCUGCCAGAAGCUGCGGACACUGCUCUUGGGCUACAACCACCUAACUCAGCUUUCCCCUCGUGUGGCCGCCCUCCGAACCCUCAGCCGCCUGGAGCUCAAGGGUAACCGGUUGGAGGCUCUGCCAGAAGAACUCGGUGACUGCAAGGGGCUGAAGAAGUCAGGGCUGCUGGUCGAGGACACCCUUUACGAGAGUCUGCCCGCAGAGGUGCGGGAGAAGAUGGAGGAGGAAUGAAGCCUGGUGGGGGAGGGGCAGGCUGACACAGAGGCCUUCAGAUGCUGCUUCUGCCCCAGCUUUGUCUACAGGGGAGAUGUCUAAUAGGCCCAGCCGGAGAGGAAGGAGAGCCAGACAUGUCAGUUUUGUGCAGUUCAGACAAGAUCCUGGGACUGGUUUGUCUGGGGGAGAAAUAGGAACUGGUGGAUUCGGGGUGUAACCCGCAGGGAAGGAUUAACUCAGUCUUAGAUUCUCGGACCAAAACCACACCUGUGUCUUUGGCUGGCUGGCUUGUCCUCCUCUGAACAUUCCAGCUUAAUUAGUGUCUUAUACAGGAGUGGGGGAGCACAUCCCAGUGGGAUUUCCAACCCUCCCCAAUGACAAAUCAGCAUACAUCUAGGGUUCUCUCCUAAGGAGAGGACACAGGGGUCAGUUCCAAACUUCCUUAUCCCAACUGUAAUGCCAAGUCCUUAUUUUAUAAGUCCUUUGCCACAAAGAUGGGUACUUAGAACAAUGAUUCUCACAUUUAGCUAUGUAAUAAAAUCAGCCGAGGAGCCAGGAAGAAAAUAAAACAUCCCACACCCCACCCCUGAAAUACUGACUCACAAUUUUUGGGUGGGGGCCAAGAACCUGCUACUAAAUAAGUAUGCCAAGUAAUUCUGAUUCAGGUGGUCCUGAGACUGAAUAAUGGAGCUGUUGACAUAAAGACUGGGCAGGGACUGUAACUCAGUUGGGAGAGUGCUUGCUUAGCAUGCAGGAAGCUCUGGGUUCCAUCCCAAGCAUUUCAUAAACCAGGAGUGGUGGAGCAUGCCUAUAUAAUACUCUGGAAGCGGAGGGAGGAGGACUGAAAGGUUGAAGCCAGCUUGGGAGACAUAGCAGAACUUGUUUCCAAAACAACUAAGAA